CUAGCCCCAUGCCCACGGAUCUUAUCAGAUUGAUAAUCUCAUCAAUCAACUCGCAUUUGACCAGCAUUGUAGGCAAAAAUGGACGACAAGGCUAGAGCCACGGGUCAAGACCACUCGGUUGAUGCGGAAGCACACAGGCCUCCCUCCAUCAUUGAGGAGAAGAAUCGAGAUUCUGAGGAUUCACGAACACGCACAGAAGAGAUUUUACACGCUGCUGGAGUCGGCAUCAGCCGGCUGACCCGACACUGCCAUGCUUGACUGUGCGAAUGUGGGUAAUUGGCCUUGGCUUUUGUCUCAUUGGCAGCGGCAUCAAUACGCUAUACACUUUUAGGAUGCCGUCCGUCACGCUGUCCCAGUCCGCAGUUCAGUUCCUCGCAUAUCCUGUUGGGAAAUUCUGGGCUUUUGCUGUUCCUGAUUGGGGUCUUACGAUCUUUGGAAAGCGUCAUAGCCUCAAUCCUGGGCCAUUCAACCACAAGGAGAACAUCUUGGUAUAUAUCCUAGCCAACUUGAGUUUUUUGACCCGUCUGAGCGCCGACGUCUUGACCGAACAACGUGUAUUCUACGGCCUUCACCUCGGAUGGGGGUUUGAAAUCUUAAUCACACUCGCGACGAUUUUAUAUGGGUUUUCUUUGGCUGGUCUUGGAAGAUCCAUCGUUGUGGAACCCAAGAGCUUGGUUUGGCCAGGCGUCUUGGGGGACACUGCUUUAAAUAGCACCCUUCAUAAUUCGGGCAAGGAGGAUGAGAAUGAGAGCAAGUGGAAUGGAGCUCGAUACAAGUUCUUCUUGAUCGUUUUCUGUGCAUCCUCCGUUUGGUAUUGGUUCCCUGAUUUCAUCUUCCCUGCGCUGGGCUACUUCACAUGGAUUUGCUGGAUUGCCCCAAAGAACCCAGUGGUGAAUCAAAUAUUUGGAAUGAAAAGCGGCAUUGGUUUGCUUCCGUUCACUCUUGACUGGAGUCAGAUCGCAUACAUCGGAUCACCCCUCGUGGUUCCAACUUGGGCUAUUCUCAACAUUCUCGCUUCGCUUGUAUUUUGGAUCUACAUAAUUACCCCAGCGCUGUACUAUUCCAACGUCUGGUCCACGGCGUACUUUCCAAUACAGAGCAACUCGAUAUUUGAUAAUCAAGGACAUGAGUACAAUGUCUCCAAGGUCAUCAAUAAGCUUGACGGCUUUACUAUCAACAUUGAAAAAUAUCACGAGUACUCACAUAUCUAUCUGCCAGUGGUUUACGCACUCAAUACCUUCGGUCUAUGCUUUGCCUGCAUCCCGUCGCUUUUCGUGUGGCUAUUGCUCGAAAAGCGUGAGGAGAUGAAGGCCGUAUUCAAGACUUCAACCAUUGCCAAAUUCUUAGGGAAAUGUACGACUGAAGUUGAAAACCCACAGGCCUUAUACAAGCCUGUACCAAUGUGGUGGUAUUUUGUCACUACACUUCUUGCGAUUGGUGUGGGAAUUUUCGCCUGCGAAUUCUAUCCCGUGCAACUGCACUGGUAUGGAGUGCUUCUUGCCUUGGUCGUGUCUGCAGCCUUCUUUAUUCCGCUUGCCUGGGUGUAUGCCACAACAAAUAUGAAGGUUCAAAUUGAUGUAUUCUGCCGCAUCAUUGCGGGGUACAUCUGGGAAGGCAAGGUUCUAGCCAACAUCUGGUUCUUUGACUUGGGCUACAUCUCUGGUAUCAAAGGUUUAUCAUUUGCUCAAGAUUUGAAACUUGGAAUCUACUGCGAUAUCCCACCCCGCCAGCUGUUUGCUGUCCAAAUCGUUGGAAUUGUGGUAGGAACUGUUGGCCAAGUUUCAGUUCUCAACUGGGCGUUAGGAAAUAUUCCAAACAUUUGCACCAAAAAGGCCGAAAAUGGGUUUACCUGCCCGUUCUCCCGCACCCACUUCAACACAAGCAUGGUCUGGGGGGCGAUUGAUCCUCGCCGAUUCUUCGCACCCGGGGCCCUAUACCGCCAGCUGCUGUGGUUCUUUCUGGUUGGUGCUAUUCUUCCAGUUAUUGUAUUCGUUGUCAAGCGACGGUUCUUCCCUAAAACGCCGUGGCUUCGUAAGGUCCAUGUGCCCCUAUUUCUGGGAGGCUUGAACUACAUUCCACCCGCGUCUGGAACUAACUACGGAAGUUGGGCUAUUGUCGGGCUCAUAUUUGGGCUGUGGAUUAAACGCCAUUCGAAAGGUUGGUGGCAUCGAUACAACUUUGUCCUCAGCUCGGCCAUGGACUGCUCCGUAGCUAUUGCUGGCAUCGUGAUUUUCUUCACGGUAUUCUACACGGGAGCCUCUGGAAAUUUUAACUGGUGGGGGACAAGGGUCCAUCAGGAUACUUAUGACUGGGAUGGAUGCACUUACAGAGUACUGGAUGCUGGGGCAAAGUUGGGGGAAUAGGCUAGGACAAAAGUUCAAACCCUUUCUGUGCCUCCAACCUUUGGAUCAAUUCUUAUUAUUACAACGAAUGGCGCUGAAUCUUGAGGGCACAGAAAGUGCCCUGGUCUUUCUGAAGCGAUCGGGAUGUCACGCUCUACUGAUAUGAAUCAAAAUCUGGUUGGAUGAGACACCGC